AUGGGACCAAAUCGCUACAUCAAGAGCGCGAGAUCCUUCACAUCAGAAGGAGAUGAAGAUAAUGAUAUACUGGGUUAUUCAAUGCCGAAUAUCCAGUUGCAGAUUGCAGUGAUAUUCUUUAUCACUCAAGCUUUCAAUUUCGCGCUCAAGCGCAUAGGAUUGCCGGCUUUAAUCUCGCAGAUACUUGCAGGCAUAAUUUUCAGUCCUGUACUAUUUACAGAAAAAAUUUCAAAGAAUCUAUUUACCAAGGAAAGCAUAGAACCUGUUGGUAUGAUAGCUGUUAUUGGCUUUCAGUUCUUCAUGUUUCUAAGUGGAGUAAAAUCCGAUGUAGGUGUGCUAAAAAGUGUGGGAGGAAAAGUCUGGUCCAUUGGCAUUCUGUCUGUGUUCCUGCCACUUCUGCUCAGUUUUGGAGCCUUCGAAAUCUGUAAUAAAAUCUACGACGUAAAAGGCUCAGCUUUUUUCAGUUUUGCUGCUGCAACAACAUAUUCUAUCACUUCAUUUCCUGUCAUAGUUACGCUUCUCACUGACCUGAAACUUCUAAACUCCGAACUUGGCCGAUUGGGACUAUUGACCGCACAAGUCAGUGAUGUUUUCAGCCUUUUACUGAUCAUUAUUUUGUCCGUGAUGAAAGUAAGAGAAGUAGACAAAGAUGAAUACUCGAAGGAAAACUAUUUUGUAUUUUUAGGCUUCAUUGUUUUUGUUGCCGGUAUUGUUAAGCCAGCACUGAAUUCUCUGGUGAAAAAGCUCCGCAAUGGCAUGCCUAUGAAGGAUACACACAUUUAUCUUAUUAUGACGCUGUUCCUGGGGUCUGUGUUCCUUUCACACUAUUAUGGGCAGUCCGCUAUCUAUGCUCCUUACAUUAUUGGUCUCGCUGUUCCCGCUGGGCCUCCACUGGGGUCUGCUUUAGUGGAGAAGUUCGAAGUGGUUCCAGGAUUGUUCCUUCCACUCUUUGUCACGACCUGUGGCAUGAGGUUGGACCUCUGGAACACUGAUUUCCAUAAAAAAUUGUCAAUGCCCACUGCUGUUUCGCUUGUUUUAAUUAGCUUAUCCAAAUUCUUGAUAUGUUUUGGAUCACACUCGUACUUCUGGAAAUUGCCAAAAAGUACUGCUGCUGCUUUUGCUCUCGUAAUGUGUUCCAGAGGAGUGGUUGAGUUGGCCUUCUACACUUUCCUGAAUGAUCAGCAGGUUGUAGAGGAUGAAUCAUUUGUAUUCAUGCUUUUCACGGUCGUUGCCUUCAGUGGGCUUGUACCAAUUUUAGUUAGAAGUCUAUACAAUCCGACAAAGAGUUAUGCAGGACACCAUAAGAGGAACCUUAUGCAUUCAAAUCCCAAUUCAGAGCUGCAAAUCAUUUCUUGCAUCCAUGCACCAGGGGAUGUGACGGCAGUAAUCAGACUUCUUGAUGCCUCAUGUGGUGGAGAUAGCCCCAUAGCAGUUACCGUCCUUCACCACAUGAAGCUUGUUGCACAAUCCACCCCAAUCUUCAUUUCCCACAGAAAAGAAAGGCUAAUACUAUGCGAAUACGUAUACUCCGUCAAUGUCAUCAAUUUGUUUAAUGCAUUCGAGCAAAACAGUCGGGGAUCUGUUUCGGUAAAUGCUGUCACGGCAGUCUCUCCGCCAAUGUUGAUGUAUGAUGAUAUUUGCUCAGUAGCAGUGGACAAGCUUGCAUCUCUUAUAAUAAUCCCAUUUCACAUCAGAUGGUGGAAACAAGAAGGGAUCAUUGAAUCGGAGGAUCAUGGCCUAAGGGAAUUGAAUCGCAGGGUCCUUGAGAGUGCACCUUGCUCUGUAGCGAUCCUUGUCGAUCGAUGCAGUAAUAUUCCAAGGAAGCCUGUCUACACAGACGAUGAAUUAUUGUUAACAUAUGAUGUUGGUAUGAUCUUCUUGGGAGGCAAUGACGACAGGGAAGCAUUAACUUUUGCUCUACGAAUGGCAGAAGACACCAGGGUGAGGUUGUCUGUGGUGCACCUGAUAGCCCAAAAGAGCAGUGGUGGUGCUGGUAAUGAAGGUGUCAACAUUGACUGUCAAGACUUGGAAUCAACUCAUGAUUAUAUGAUUCUGAGGGGUGUUAAGGAAAGAGAAUACAUAACAUAUAGAGAGGUGAUAGCAGACGAUGCAGCUGCAACGGCUUCAAUUGUAAGAUCCAUGGUGGAUGAACAUGAGCUAAUAAUAGUUGGAAGAAGAAACAACAUGGAAGAUGAAAUACCUCAAACAGCUGGUCUAAAAGAAUGGUGUGAGUACCCAGAGCUGGGGGUAUUGGGUGACCUUAUUUUAGCAAAGGAGACCAAGGGUACAUGUUCCUUGUUCGUUGUGCAACAACAAGAACAAAAAAAGGCUCUAAACUGA